UUUCAUCGCUUUGUCGUCUCAAACUGUCAUGUGACAGUGAACAAAACACUGUAAUCUCAGCCUCUGUUCUUCCUCAACUCUGAUUCUUCACACUGCAGUCGUUUCUGAGGAGGUUUGCGCAGAAUGCUGUUUUUGGUAAUAAUCACAGGCCUACUGGCUUUUUCCACUGGUAAACCAUGUGAUAAUGAAACAGCCAACAGUGAGCUGGAGCUAUCUCUCAAUAAGAAUCUCCUUCGCUCUCUGGAGACGCAGGAAGGACUCCCCAAUCCCAGUGUCCACUUGGCAUUACGGCUUUCUGAUUCCCACAACCUUGCCAAGGAGAGCGAACACCUGAAUAAACUGAAAAAUGAUUUGCACAAUGACAUUCAGAGCUCUCUCACUAAUGGCCAGCCUGUGUCCGGCAUCAUGGCGCUGUACACUCUGGCUUUGAAGUCUUCCUGCUACGACCUCAACACAAUCACCUUCACCACCAACGAGAAGAGUGAGACGCUGCUGACGCACCUAAAGAAGCAGAUGGAACAAGAAAAAGAGCAUAUUGCCUUCAGCCUACGACCUUUGACCAACUAUUACCAGUACUCUCUGGGUGUGCUCGCUCUUUGCGCGAGCGGCAUCAGGGUCAACAACCAUGUCAGCAACAAGCUCAUCAAGGCUGCAGUACAUGAUUACUUCAAACAUGGAGACACUGAGAGUACUGAUACCUAUGCCAUGGCUGGAAUGGCACUCCAGUGUGUGAAGGACGCUGGUUGUCAUGUGCAGAGCGCUGAUGAGCUCAACGCAGCCCUUACAAAGAUCAAGCUGAAGCUCUUGGCCUCUCGUAGGGACGACUGUCAUAUCGGCAAUGAGUUCAGCACAGGCCUCGCAGUUCAAGCCCUAUUGGCAAUGGGUGGCCAAGUUGCAGAGUAUGCUACGUCUAUGGAGGCCAUAAGGACGGACGCCAGAAACAACGUAUACCACAACCCCAUGGCCAUAUCUCAGAUUCUGCCAGCUCUCCAGCAGAAAUCCUACCUGAUGGUUGAAAACAAGGAGUGCCUCAAUGAAGAUGACACUCUGGUGCUGGAGCCCAUAGAUCCUGUGGUGGUUUUACCAAGCGAGAUCAAAGUGAAGGUGGAGGUGGUGAUGUCCAGCGGAGCAGCUGCUGUUUACACUGUGAAAGCGCCAAAGGGAAGCUCUCUGUUGGUGGCUCUUAAACUUCUCAAGGGAAAAAAUGAUGGCUUCACGUUUGAGACGCAGUCCAGCCUGUGGGGACCUUUCUUAAGUGCGGUGAAUGGAGAGCAGGCCAGACAGAGCGACCGCAGAUACUGGCACCUCUCCUCUGAAGGCACUGCGCUCAGUCAAGGUAUCCAGGAUUUCAAGUUAGAGGUGGCGCAAAAGAUCACCAUCAAAAACACAAGCUACUGAGAGUCAGUUACUGCUGAUGCAACAGUGAUUAAUGAGGAUGAAAACAGAUCAAGUUUCAAGAUCAACUUUUUUCUAUUAUUUUAUUGUUUCAACCAGUGCUUAUACUUAAAUGUAUUAUACUUAAGAUGCCAUCAACUGUGAAUAUAUGGUCGAACUGGUUUCAUAGAAUUUAUGCAUUAAAAGUGUAAUUUAGAAGUAAUUGCACAGACCUUGCUGUGAAUAUACUAACUUUAGGAUGUAAAUUGUAAUGCUUUUUUUAAAUUAUGCAUUGUUAAAUGAGUGUGAAAUGUUUAUUCAAAUGUCUCACAGAGCGUGAUUGUGCUUUUUUAAACAAAUUAAAAAAGUCAUAAUGGA